AGAAAGACUGCUCCAUAUGAAGACGUGAACGUAAAAGAUUUCACAUAUAGUUGCGCGCUUAUUCAUCGGCACAGACCAGAUUUGCUCAAUUAUGAUGAGUUAAAUAAGUCAGAUCGACAUGGCAAUACCGCGUUGGCAUUUGAAGUAGCGGAGAAACAUCUUGGCAUAGUCAAACUGCUCGAUGUAGAAGAUGUGUGUGAUAUACAAAAACCUGAUGAACGGUCAGUCAUGACUUAUGUUGCUCAAUAUUUCCAUGCCUUUUCGGAAUUAGGUAUGGGAGAGAUUGUGUGUGGG